GGCGGGCGCCGGACCCCCCCAGGCGGAACGACAGGUCUCAGGCCCCCAGGCGGGGCGGCGGGCACCGAGUCACCAGGCACAACCCCGGGCACCGCGUCAUCUGGCAAGGCAGUGGGCUCCGAGUCAACUGGUAUGACCGCGGGCACUGGGUCAGACAUUGGAUCGUCUGGCUGGACAGCGGGCACUGGGUCACCAGGCAUCAGGUCAUUUGGCUUGACAGCGGGCACCGCGUCAUCUGGCAAGGCAGUGGGCUCCGAGUCAACAGGGCACGACAGUGAGCACCGGGUCAUCAGGUACCGGAUUGUCUGGCUCGACAGCGGGCACCGCGUCAUCUGGCAAGGCAGUGGGCUCCGAGUCAACUGGUAUGACCGCGGGCACUGGGUCAGACAUUGGAUCGUCUGGCUGGACAGCGGGCACUGGGUCACCAGGCAUCAGGUCAUUUGGCUUGACAGCGGGCACCGCGUCAUCUGGCAAGGCAGUGGGCUCCGAGUCAACAGGCACGACAGUGAGCACCGGGUCAUCAGGUACCGGAUUGUCUGGCUCGACAGCGGGCAUCGGGUCACCAGGCAUCAGGUCAUUUGGCUCGACAGCGGGCACCGGAUCAGGUACCGGAUCAUCUGGAUCAACAGCGGGCAUCGAGUCAACUGGCCUAAUAGGAUCGUCAGGCUGGAUCAGUUCAUCAUGCUGGGUAGAGGCAUCAGGCCGAAAGGCAUCAGGCCGAGUAGAGGCAUCAGGCCGAGUAGAGGCUUCAGGCCGAGUAGAGGCAGGCCGAGUAGAGGCAUCAGGCCGAGUAGAGGCAUCAGGCUGAGUAGAGGCAUCAGGCUGAAGAGAGGC